AUGAACACCACACCAGACAUCACGAACCACGGCUCCCCUGUCCGACCGAGUCCACAGGUACAGCCAUGUCGCUACAAGGUCGGGAAGACGCUGGGUGCAGGUUCGUACUCGGUGGUCAAGGAAUGUGUCCAUAUCGAUACGGGGCGGUACUAUGCAUCGAAGGUCAUCAACAAACGAUUGAUGGCCGGCAGAGAACACAUGGUGCGCAACGAAAUCGCGGUCCUCAAGAAGGUAUCCAUGGGACACCAGAACAUCCUGACCCUCGUCGACUACUUCGAAACCAUGAACAACUUGUACCUCGUAACAGACCUCGCGCUCGGCGGUGAACUCUUCGACAGGAUCUGCCGCAAAGGGUCGUACUACGAGUCCGACGCCGCCGAUCUGAUCCGCGCGACCCUAUCGGCCGUCGCAUACCUCCACGAUCACGGCAUCGUACACCGCGACCUCAAGCCCGAGAACCUGCUAUUCCGCACACCGGAAGACAACGCCGACCUCCUGAUCGCCGACUUUGGGCUUUCGCGCAUCAUGGACGAGGAGCAAUUCCACGUCUUGACGACCACAUGCGGUACCCCUGGCUACAUGGCGCCCGAGAUCUUCAAGAAGACGGGUCACGGCAAGCCCGUUGACAUAUGGGCAAUGGGUGUCAUCACGUAUUUCCUGCUGUGCGGUUACACGCCCUUUGACCGCGACAGCGACUUCGAAGAGAUGCAGGCGAUCCUCAACGCCGACUACACCUUUCAGCCGAUUGAGUACUGGCGCGGUGUCAGCGAGCACGCCAAAGACUUCAUCCGCCGUUGCCUGACCGUGGAUCCGAACAAGCGUAUGACGGCACACGAAGCGCUGUCACACGCAUUUGUCGCAGGUUAUAACAUCCUACCGGACGGCGGCAAGGGCCAGAACUUGCUGCCGACGGUCAAGAAGAACUUCAACGCAAGGAAAACGCUGCACGCAGCCAUCGACACAGUGCGCGCCAUCAACAAGCUAAGAGAAGGCCAGGCACAAGCGCACCUCAUGGACGGGGUGAAGUCGUCCGAGCCUGGACGGGGUGCUGCGCCUCUGGGUAAGGACAGUGGAGUUGGCAUGUCGAAUUCCGAUUCUGGGUACGGGAGCACCCGCGAUGGUGACAUCGAAAUGGGAGGCACGGGACCGACGUCUGGUGUGCCGCCUAGCUUAAGACCUGGGUCGGCUGCGAACAGGGUGGUAGAGACGUCGAAAGGGCUUUGGAGUGCCGGCCAGCCUAGGCGAUGA